UUGCGCAUGUGCCUCAUUAAAGGAAGUUUUGGCGGAAGACGCGUGUGUCGUGUAUUAGUACAUAUUUUACGUUCUAUUUCUUUAGAAACACAUAGCAAUGCCUAAACAAGAGUCCUCUUCGGUGAAAGAGGUAAUUGGAAAAACUUCUACAUUAGAUAUCGAGUUAGAGUCAUCUAAUGUUUUUCAGCUGGAAAAGUUUUUUGAGAAGACCAAGAAAGAUGCAGAGCUAUUGGUUAAUGAUGUUUUCCCACAGAGAAUCAUGGCUUUGGAAAAUCUGCAUCAGUCUAUGAACUUGACCAAGUUGUCGGAAGUCCACAAUGACUUAAACAUCCCUGUGCCAGAUGCUGUACUGCUGCUUCCUGACACUGAAGAGCCAACAUCCAAAAAGAGGAAAGUUGAAGUCUCAUCUGGCAAUGGCGAAAAUAUAUCUGGGACCAGAGUACUUGCUCUUCCCAAUGGAUUGGCUCCCUGUAACAAACACAUUGUUGAUUUGUCGGAGAAGAUGAAACCUUUAAUAAGGGAUCUUAUUGAACAUGCUAAUUUGAUCAAGAUGUGGAUCAGUUUUCUUAUACCAAAGAUAGAAGAUGGCAACAAUUUUGGAGUGUCUAUUCAGGAAGAGACAUUAUCUGAGGCAAGAACUGUUGAAAGUGAAGCAGCAACAUACUUGGAGCAGAUCUCACGCUAUUUCAUCACAAGAGGGAAGAUAGUGUCAAAAGUUGCAAAGUAUCCUCACAUUGAAGACUAUCGGCGAUCUGUCAACGAGCUAGAUGAGAAAGAGUAUGUGUGUCUACGGUUAACAUGUUGUGAACUAAGGAACCACUAUGCGAGUCUUUAUGACAUCAUCCAUAAAAAUAUGGACAAGAUAAAGAAGCCUCGUAAUGCCAAUGCUGACAACCUCUAUUGACCAACUUACUAGACAUAGGCUGGACACCUUGAACAAUAUUCUCAAGUGUGGGCUGAUACAUAAUUAUUCGUGUCUGCCAGUCAUACGACAGGACAACUGGCAAAGACAGAGACAUCAAACAGUGCAGAGUCGGAUAUUUUCAUGGCAUACUAUCAGUAUUCCUUCAAGAAAAAAGACAAAAAUUUAACUCAAAUUCUUGAUCACAGUGUUGAUACAGGCACAGGUUUUGGAAUGUAAUGAACUAUCUAUGAGAUCCAAACUCCUUGUACACAUUCCAGGAAGUGCAGAGGAUAUUUCACCAGAAAUAAUAACAUAAUUGUUCUUUUGAGAGAAGUCUUCUACCGUAAUGGGUUUUGACAAAAUUACAAAUAAGAUUUUGUCAUACCAGUGUUGUGUCACACAUUUGGGAUACAUAUGCACUGGGUAAUUUUUUCAGUCAUCUGAUGCACACAUGGUAUUGUCGAGAAAGGGAGGAGAAUGUCAGCUGUCACUGUCUGUGAAAGUGAAGGGGGUACUUGUCAAGCAAUGUUAUGUUAUACCUUUCAUCUUCCUGUAACCAUGAUGGUAAUGUACAACUGUUUUAGCAUUUACAAAUUUGUAUGUCUUGUUAAAACAUUUCUCUACGGAGAGUUUUAAACUUUAAGUUCUACAUUUUGGUAUUUGGUUCUUGUUUUAACAGGUUUUACAACAAGGAAAUACUUUAAACAAGUUUGUGACAGUUAAAUAUGUUCUUUUAUGCUUGAAACCUUAUGAAUAGGCAAAACAUUGGUAGAAGAAUGAUGGUGAAUCCCAAACUUGAUGAAACAGUCAAUACAUGUAUUCAUAAAGUGUUUUUCUUCUGUGAUUUCUAAGACUAAGAUAUAUAUUUUUGUUACCAAAAUGACAAUGAUAGCAUUAUUUUGGAAAUAUGUAUUUAGUUCAUUGGCAACCAAUUGCUUAAAGGUUAUUCCCGAAGAGCAACCUAGGCUUUAGGGUAAAAAGUUAAAGAAGACCUACUAAGACCUAGAAAGUCAUCCACAGAAAUUCAUGUUGCUACUUUCAGAGAUGCUAGCUUGCCCUCUUAUUGGCCUUUUAGCACAACUUUCAUACUUCUUUGGGCAAACUGUGCUAGUUUUGUUUGAUAUAUAACAAAAACAAAUGCACGGGGAAUCUGGAUAAUGCUGACCUAUUCGGCAUGGCUUUUUAGAAAUGUACUUUCACCAAAAUCAGUGAGUCAUUGCACUCCAUAUUCUGACUCCUGAAUAUUUCUGGCAUCUUCCCUGGUGUUCAACAAAUAGACUUAGGAAACUGAAAUCAGACCUCUACUUAUUUGCCCAAUGUGGCAGGUCAGACUGGUGAUAAUGGAUGGUUUCCAGGGGGUCAUCAAGGCGUGGGAUCCGCCAUCCUUGAUGGAAAGAAAUUUGCUGAAAGGUCAGAUUAGCAUGUUCAUGGUUAAUGCAUUAUUGCAUUUCCAAUAACACUGUCCAUAUUCUCACUUUAUCAAAAAGUAAAUAGCUUUCAUCUUAUCUUGAUACAAAAUCUCAGGCCUCCAAGCCACUCACCCUCCACCAGAAUAUUAAAUGGUCAGUCCCUAAGUACAACUUUUGGGACAACAGAUUUUUCUGUUUUGAUCUUUUUUUUAUAUAUAUAUCUGCAAGUAAAAUUAUAUCUGUGAUGCAUUCACAUUAUCAUCAGAUCUUGUACUAGAUAUGAUAUCUCCCAUCAUAACUCUCUGCAUGAAUGUCUGAUGACAUCUCUAUGGAAGGUUGCAUCGGGUGAACUUUGACCAAUCAAUCUGAAUGAAGGAUGCAUGGGCUCUUGAGCCAAUAAGAUUUGCCUUCAUUUCUUUACCACCUUGAUUUUGAAUUCUGUAUUUCUACAAAAGAAGACACACAUUGAGCACAAAUAUUCCUUUAAUGGUAUUUCCUUGAUGGUGUGGAGGCCAUGUCAUUCAUGACCAAUCUUCAGAUUUUCAUGCAGAGAGGUAUUGUAUUGGAGUAAAAGAUCUGAUUUAAAUGAGAUUGAUCUGUGAUGUUAACUGAUACAGUGGAUAGUAUCUCCUAAGGUUUGAUAUUUCAAGAACAGAUACUGAUUUUGGUAUUUUUGGGAGUUGAGAACAGUUUGAAAUGUUUUUUUCUUUCUUUAUGGCCUCACCAGCGAAAAUGACUUGAAGGUUUUCUUGUUACUGUUGAAAUUAUAGCUCUUCCUUUGUUGGCAGAUAAUUUUCAUGUACCUAUCAUACAUUCUCUUAAGGACAUCUGUAUGUUUAGGAUCUGGGGUAUAUUGUAAACAAAUAAUUUGUUAAAAAACAUUUGAAAAUUCAAAUUCGGGCUCCAGUUUUACCCAAAACAUUUCUUCUCUGGAUAAUGUGGAAUAAAAACAUCUUGGCUCCUCCUUUCAGACCUAAAAUGUGUCCUUGAAACCAUGGAAAAAGGAAAUUUUGUGCCUCUUGCAGGAUUUGUACAUGCUGACAAUGCUCCAUCAUAUGUAAUAAAGUUUGACAUUGCCAAA